AUGUCGACGGUAAUAACCUCGGGGGCUUCCUGCCAACCGACGGGAUGUGCUCAGAAGCACAGGGCUUGUGAUGAAUGCCGCACGCGUAAGCUAGCUUGCACCAAAGAGCCCGACGGCUGCUCGCGUUGCAAGCGCGAAGGCAUCGCCUGCCACUACUCUCCCCAGAAGCAGAUGGGCCGGCCGCGAAAACGCCCACGAGACGAAGCCUCCGACGAAGCCGCCGACGACGCUACUACUACCACUACCACUACUACUACGAACGACGUCCCCGCGAACAAAACAGUCAUGAUCCAGACCCCGCCAGAUACCCAAGACCCCGGCAUGUCUCUCAUAAACUUCUUGACGGCGGGAGAUUGCCACAUCAAUCUCGACGCGCCCAUAGAUCCCCCGGCCCAGGACAAGGGCUUCUCGUGGUCCUUCGGGUACGCUGGCGAUAGCCUUGGGGACGUCGGCUUCGACCCCGAGCCCCAUACCGAAUCGCCCUUCUCGAUAAAUAUCGAUCCUUCUCUAUUGCAGCCGGCAUCAGAUCUUCCGAGCUUAGAUCCGCCGCCAAAUUUAACAUUCAGUUCGACCACGACGCCCGAAAGCACAGAGAGCUCGCGCUACUUCAUCAGUACGCCCACGCCACCGGCGACAGUAGAAGCAGCAACAGUAACAACCACCACCACCACCACCAAAUCGAAGACAUGCGCGCACACGGCAGCUCUGUACCUCGCUUUAGAAUCGAUGCAAAACCCCCCAGACGACGUCGAGAACGCGAUCCGACACGCGCGCAAGGCGACGCGGACGGCGUACGACGCGGUGCACUGCCCCGUGUGCUCGUUCCGGAUCGACCCGGGGGACUUCGAGUGCGGGCUGGAGAUGAUGCGGGUGUUCCAGAACCUGAUGCUGGUGGCGGCGCUGAUCCCGAGCAUCGUGCAGGCGUACCAGCGGAUCCUGGCGCUGGUGGACGUGGAGGCGCGGCGGGCGAUGGCCGAGCAGCGGCGCCUCGUGUUCCGGCUGCGCGGGCUGGGCGGGAUUCUCUGGGGCGCGGGCAGGCCGGGCCUGGACCGGGAAGACGAGUGCGCGUUCGACGACCGCGACAUGGAGCCGGCGCUGUGGCGGCUCGCGGUGCGCGCGCUGCUGCGGGCCGACAUCUACGGGCUCUCGGACAUGGAGGCCGUCGAGGCGGACGCCCCGCUGCACAUCGGGCUCAAGGACAUCGUGCUGCAGAUGGAGCAGAAGUGCAGGCAGCGGCACGCGGUGAUGGACGCGCUCCUGGCCACGGGCCGCUGGCAGCCGCCUUGCUUGAUGUUGCUGAGGAAGCCGGACGAGACGCCGACUUGUCAGACUGUUGUUAAGAUCGCGAAGUCGGCGAUCGACGCGUUGGUUAUUGCGUGA